UGACGACCUGACCUGGCGUGGCUAGGCGGCCCGGCCGCGCAGGAGACAGGGAGGCGGCCGGCCGGCAGAGCCCGAGCCCUUGCCGUCGCUGACGACCUGACCUGGCGUGGCUAGGCGGCCCGGCCGCGCAGGAGACAGGGAGGCGGCAGGCCGGCAGAGCCCGAGCCCGAGCCGUCGCUGACGACCUGACCUGGCGUGGCUAGGCGGCCCAGCCGCGCAGGAGACAGGGAGACGGCCGGCCGGCAGAGCCCGAGCCCGAGCCGUCGCUGACGACCUGACCUGGCGUGGCUAGGCGGCCCGGCCGCGCAGGAGACAGGGAGGCGGCAGGCCGGCAGAGCUCGAGCCCGAGCCGUCGCUGACGACCUGACCUGGCGUGGCUAGGCGGCCCGGCCGCGCAGGAGACAGGGAGGCGGCAGGCCGGCAGAGCUCGAGCCCGAGCCGUCGCUGACGACCUGACCUGGCGUGGCUAGGCGGCCCGGCCGCGCAGGAGACAGGGAGGCGGCCGGCCGGCCGGCAGAGCUCGAGCCCGAGCCGUCGCUGACGACCUGACCUGGCGUGGCUAGGCGGCCCGGCCGCGCAGGAGACAGGGAGGCGGCCGGCCGGCAGAGCCCGAGCCCGAGCCCGAGCCGUCGCUGACGACCUGACCUGGCGUGGCUAGGCGGCCCGGCCGCGCAGGAGACAGGGAGACGUCCGGCUGCAGUGCGAUGGAGCAUUGCACCAAGCGCAGGCUCACUCACGUCGCUAUCGGACUACUCUUUCUCUUCAGCGGCAUCGAGUACGCGGUAAUACUUCCAACCAUCUGGGCAUAUCUUCAGACACUUCAGGCUGAGCCUUACUUUCUGGGUUUGGGAUUAUCUGCAUUCAGUUUUAGUGGUUUAAUUGCCAACCCCAUUCUUGGUCAUUUAUCAGACAGAUCACGAAGGACUAAAGCAAUCAUAUUAUUUGCUAAUUUAUUUGAAAUUGCAGGCAAUUUUAUGUACUUCAUUGGAUAUUCAAAAUGGUUACUACUUGGCAGUCGGCUUGUUGCAGGCAUUGGGACUGGUGCUGGUGCAUGCAUUUUUGGAUAUCUUACUCGUUCCACAACGACAGAGGAACGGGCUACAGUAUUUGCAGUCAUUAUGGCUGCUCGACAGGCUGGGUUAUUGAUCGGACCAGGAUUUAAUCUAUUCCUGAGACUUUGCAACUUCAACCUAGGGCCAUUUAAAGUCAAUAAAUACACUUCACCAGGGCUUUUCAUGUGUUUCAUGUGGACUAUUCUUCAAGUGGUUAUUAUCUUUAUGUAUUAUGACCUUCCAUUAGUCCCCAAGCACAAUAUUAAAAGAACAAUUGUUUCAACUGAAGAGGAGCAGGAACCAUUGAUUGAUGAUGUGAAUCAUGCAAUAGCAGACAGCAACUGGUAUGGUGCUACUAAUGAAGAUGAAAUACAUGUUUUGCCAGCAAAUGAAAUAGAUGUUGAAAAUAACACAGCAGAUGAAUAUCGCUAUAUUCCUAAUGGCCAUAUUGAAGAAUAUAAAGCAAAUAAUAAGCCAUUUCACAAUUUUAAUGUAAUUAAAGAAUAUCUACGCGAGGAAGUGGUGGUUGUUCUUACAGCACAAUUCAUUACUCUCUUCAAUCAAACUGCUUUAGAGACAAUGGUUACCCCAAUUACCCAGAAAUAUUUCAGUUUUGGAGAAUUAGAAAACAGUUUAAUGUAUUGUAUGUGUGGUGUAGAGGUAAUAAUUGGAUUUUUUAUUGUGAGGUGGCUAAGCACUAAAUUUGCAGAUCGAGUAAUCUUGGCAGUGGGUCUUAUCUUAUGCAACAUUUCUUGUAUUUGGUUGUUAAUCUUCUUGGCAAACCCAAAAGGAAGUUUUGCCAUUUUGUUAUCUGAGUUCGUGGUAGGUGUGUUUCUCCAAAUUCUGGGGUUGCCUUUUGUUGCUGUAUCUCAAGUAUCACUGUUUUCAAAAGUUACUGCAGAGAAAACACAAGGAUUCAGUCAGGGACUGCGUCGUUCAAUAGGUGGAAUUGCCACAAUAAUGGGCCCUAUGUGGGCAGGAGGUUUACUUAACAAUCUUUAUAUAAUGUUAGGAGUCAUGAUGGGUCUUCUGAUACUUUUAACUGUGAUGAUGAUAUUAUCAUACAGUUAUUUGGUUGAACCAGCCCCAACACUGACAUCAUCUGUGAACAGGAGAAACAGGGAUGAUGAUUAAAGUAAUAGCAAGAGAGCACAAGAUCUCUGAUAUUGCUGUGUUGACUCAUCACGUGUCACAUAAUAUGUGCAGCUGCUACCAUAUUUAAUGCGAACAUUUCUGUUCAGUCGGCUUUUUGUAUAUUUUGGUAACUGUACAAACUGAAAACUUGUCAUAAAGUGAUCAGGUAAACUGUAGAAAAGCAAUAUAAAAUGUGAGCAAAUGAAUGUCAUCCUGUUCAUUUUAGGUCUCAGAGGAGUAUAUACUUCCUAGAUUGUAUUUUUUAAAUUAUAGGCCAUGAUUUUGAGUACAUUUAUUUUGAAAUCACCGUUAAGUUAAUUGUUUUUAAGAUAAAAGCACAUUUCUCAUUUAGGUGUCAGUAUAUAUUAAUAAUAUUCUAAGACUAAAGAAAGUAAGUGUGGAUAGAUGUGGCACUGUGAAAUCAUAUACUUUUCAGAAAUGCAUUUAAUGAAUUAUGUUUUAUAUUGAAGUUGGCACGGCUUUGUUUGAAAAAAUACUUCCUGAAAUAAAUAAGUACUUCAGUUCUGA